GGCCGACCGCACCACUUCUCCCCGCUGCGUACCGCACCUUCGCGGUCCCAGCCGCGACGGGAGCGCAGAGCUCCUCCGGGAGCCCCGGGGAGGAAGUUUGGCUGAAAGAGGAACAGCCGCAGUUUUCUUUUUAGUGAUGGUCUGGGAGAAAAAGGAGCGCCCCAAAUCUCCAAACUUUGGAGGUGACAUGGGGCUCCAGAUUCCGAAAGCAGAACGGCGCGCGGGCUUCUCCCUCCGUGACGCUCUCCGCCUCCGCUGCGGGCGUGGGUGGAAGGAUGCCGAGCGCCCGGGGGAGCACGGCUGGACCCGGGCAUCCGACUGGGCCCCUGGGCCUGGGGCGUCGGGGGCCUUCGCUUCUGCCGCGAGGAGCCAAAAGGUGGGAUCGCGAGGGUGGCGGAACCCCAGGAUGGAGAAGGGCACUUCUGCGGUCCGAGCCAGCGAAGUUCUGACGUUACGAAGGAUUCGCCUUGGCUGUCACUUUGGGCCAGCCUGAGCCACGAUCUGGGGCAACUUGAUAGGACAAAGACCCCACGGUGAAGGUGGAGCCAUGCCCUUGAUUCCGGUCCUUCCACCCUUUUGCUCAUCACAAUAGCUACGACCUGUGCAGGCCUUUGGGUGCGCCAAGGGCUUUGUCCACCGCGUUGGGUGAACUCUCCCUUCACCCCUAGGACAACCCGAAACUGGAAACCAGUGGCCAUCUGUUGUUUAGUCCACUUAAAAGAGGAUGUUGAGACUUGUUUUUUCUUCGGACCCAAGGGUGCUCGGGAGCCCUCCAGUCUCUGCCUUUCUCACACAAGGCGUCUCUGGGAAGGCAGUGGAUUGUUGGUCUGCGUGGAACUUCUCAGGUGGACACCAGAGCAUGGAACACAUCCACGACAGCGAUGGCAGUUCCAGCAGCAGCCACCAGAGCCUCAAGAGCACAGCCAAAUGGGCGGCAUCCCUGGAGAAUCUGCUGGAAGACCCAGAAGGCGUGAAAAGAUUUAGGGAAUUUUUAAAAAAGGAAUUCAGUGAAGAAAAUGUUUUGUUUUGGCUAGCAUGUGAAGAUUUUAAGAAAAUGCAAGAUAAGACGCAGAAUCACUCAAGAUAUCCUGGAUUCACGUGUAUGCAGGAAAAGGCAAAGGAGAUCUACAUGACCUUUCUGUCCAGCAAGGCCUCAUCACAGGUCAAUGUGGAGGGGCAGUCUCGGCUCAACGAGAAGAUCCUGGAAGAACCGCACCCUCUGAUGUUCCAGAAACUCCAGGACCAGAUCUUUAAUCUCAUGAAGUACGACAGCUACAGCCGCUUCUUAAAGUCUGACUUGUUUUUAAAACACAAGCGAACCGAGGAAGAGGAAGAAGAUUCGCCUGAUGCUCAAACUGCAGCUAAAAGAGCUUCCAGAAUUUAUAACACAUGAGCCCCCAAAAAGCCGGGACUGGCAGCUUUAAGAAGCAAAGAAAUUUCCUCUCAGGACCGUGCCGGGUUUAUCAUUGCUUUGUUAUUUGUAAGGACUGAAAUGUACAAAACCCUUCAAUGGAAUGUGUGUUUUAUUAACUGCUUCACCGGUAAAUUUUGCAUGAUGGCUAAGCUAACAUAAAAAACGAAUAAUAAUAACUUGGAA